AUGACCGUCUCAAAAAGUCAAGGACCAUCUUUACUUUACAAGAGACGGUCUGAAAACGAUAUCUCACCCAGUAAGCCAUCGGGAAUAGGUAAAGCUCAACGUACCUACGUAGUACGUAGACAGACAGGCCUCCUCACCAUGGCAGCGGAGGAGGUUCCAGUUCCUGAUGGCCAUCCAGAGGUUGACUGGUCGGUUUGGGAAGCAGCUGGGGAAGGGGACGUCCGCUCCCCCUGCCCCAUGCUAAACGCCCUCGCGAACCACCACAUCCUCCCACACUCCGGGCGCGGCAUCAGCAAACCCCAGAUCGUCAGCGUCCUCACGCAGAUCCUCAACCUCGGGUCGGGGAUUGCCGCCCUCUUCGCCGCCGGCGCGCUGAAGGCGGCGCCCGAGCCGGGCGCUGACACCUUCGACCUCGACCACCUGGCCAAGCACGGCCUGGUCGAGCACGACGUGAGUCUGACGCGCAGCGACGCCGCGCUGGGCGACAACAACACUUUUGACGCGGCGGUGUGGCGCGAGGUCAUUGGGAGCUAUGGGGACGCGAAGGAGACGAGCUUCGAGAGCGCGAGUAGGGCGAGGUAUGGGAGGAUGGUGAGCGCUAGGGAGGCGCACCGGGCGGCUGGGAAGGAGUUUGAGUAUGGGGUAAAGGAGUUUAUUUUGAGUUAUGGAGAAAGUGCGCUUUUUCUCGGGAUCCUGGGGGGUGCGGAGGAUGGGAAGAUUCCGUUGGAGUAUCUGAAGGUGCUUGUUGAGCAGGAGAGAGUCCCGUUCAAAGAGGGCUGGCGGCCGCUCAAGCAACCUCUUUCACAAUCCCAGAUGAACCAUCUCAUCUUCAGUCUGAUGGCUGCAAAUGAGCACAAAGCUGCUGAAGCUGCCGGCGUGGGGUUGGGAACGAUGCAUGCUGUUACUAAUGCCGUGACGAGCGUGCUUCCUACGCAUUGCAAUCUUAUGUGA